GUUUAAGAGCUGUCAGCCGAACAUCGACUUGUCUAAAGCAUCAAAGCCAUCGAGAAUCACUGACGGUACAUGUUCAUCAGGCGCAGCAGACUGGCACUGAGAGCGUCAGGAAGACAGCAAACGCCGUUACGAUGGUGCAGGCUGUUGAGUAGCAGGGCAGUGGACAGAAGUCCAUCGGCAGACAAGGAGGUGGCGGCAGAAGACACUCAGGUGAACAGAAACGCGUGCGGCAUCCAGCAUCUAUCAGCGGAGCUACACAAACAGAUUUUCCCGGCCCCAACGCUUCCAGGACCGUCCCGAAACUUGACCAAGAUCUCGCUGAAGUAUCUAGAAGAUAACGAGUUGCUAGGCAAACCGUGCUCGGUGAGCCCAGAGAUCAACUUCCGGCUGCCGCAGUUGCAGGGCGACAACAUCAACCACCACUUCCUCAACCUUGGGUACAAUAGUGCGGAGAAAUACAUCGGCUUGGUGGAGGAGCUAUGCAAGAUCGGCCUAACUCCGCUCCCGAAGCCCGAAAAAUGGGUCUUCCAGUCGGGAUGGACACGCUAUGCGCUUAACGAACCGCCAAAAAGCGUUGCAUAUCCGCUAGAGGCGGAGCUGGUGUUUGACUGCGAAGUCAUGUACAAGCAGUCCCCGUACCCGGUGAUGGCGACAUGUCUGUCACCCUUGGCAUGGUAUUCCUGGUGCUCGCCGUACUUGACGGGUGAUAGCGACAAAAACAGCCAUUUGAUACCUCUGGCCACCGAUAAGAGAGAAUGCGUAGUAGUCGGUCACAACGUUUCGUUUGACCGUGCCCGGGUACUCGAAGAAUACGAUGUCAAUCUCUCUAAGGCGUUCUUCCUCGACACCAUGUCGCUGCAUGUGUCGGUGAGCGGCAUGUGUUCCAGACAACGGGGGACUUGGAUGAAGUACAAAAAGAAUAUGAAGGAGAAAAUCAAGACGCAGGAGAAAACGCUAGAAGACUUUAGGGACAUGAUCCAGAAUGAAGACUUGAAAUACACCAUGUCCAACUUGGUCCUUGACGAGGAGUCAGUGGAUGACGACAACGAAAUCAGCAACGCACUCCGAGAAGAUCCGUGGAUGAAAAAUAGUAGUAUGAACAAGUUAAGCGAUGUGGCAGAAUUCUAUUGUGGAAUCAAGAUGGAAAAGCAGCUUCGGGACCAUUUUGCUACCACUGAUGUGAACGAAAUCAGAGACCUUUUCCAAGAAUUGAUGACGUACUGUGCCGACGAUGUCCUUGCAACUUACCAUGUUUUGCACAAGGUGUAUCCGAUGUUUCGCAAAGUCGUUCCUCACCCGGUCAGUUUCGCAGCUCUGAAACACAUCAACUCAUCUUUUCUUCCUACUUCAACAGACUGGGAGGAUUAUAUCCAUCGCUGCGAAGAUAUGUACCAAGCUUCAAGAGUAGAGGUGGAGGACAAAAUACACACAAUUUGUGAAGAAACUGUUAAGCUCAAGGAAGGUGCAGAUGAUAUCCAACCCCCAUGGGCUGGCAAUCCUUGGCUUUCUCAACUUGAUUGGACAAUUAAGCCGGUCAAGUUGACAAAAGCAGGUAUACCGUAUAAGAAUCAAAAGCUACCUGGAUACCCUGAAUGGUACAAGAAACUGAUUGUGAAAAACGAGCUCACUCUGACAGUCAAAUCGAGAUGUUCUCCUUUGUUGUUGAAUAUACUUUGGGAAAAAAAACCAAUUUUUUGGACCGACUACAAAGGGUGGUGUUUUAUUGUAGACCAUGAUGAGAUAGAAAAGUUCAAAAAUAUGAAGUAUAUUCAAGUGGAUCCGCAAGAACUACUUGAGGUAGAGAAGGGAUCUGAACUCAGUUCUGCGAGGAAGACGAGACGUAAAAAAAGUGUUUCAAAACAGAAACAAAAUGGUGAUGAAGUUGACGCUCAGUCCACUACAAGAGAGAAGAACAAGAAGAAGGCCAAGAGCAGUUCUGCAAGUGAAAAGGGCAAAAAAGAAUUGGAAGAUGCCGAAUCCACUUCUGAGAGUAACGAGCCUGAGUUUGCCGAAUCGGAUCCUGUUGUGAGGGCCAACCUUGCACAUCUACUAGAAAGCAAGAAAACACUAUUCAAAAUCCCACACGAAAAUGGAGCAGAUGCAAGAGUGACAUCGCUAAUAACCAAACCAUUCUUGCGGUACUAUGAAGAGGGGAUAUUAUCAUCCUCACAUCAGUUAGCUAAGGAUGCCUUUGAAAUGAAUGUGAAAAACAGUUACUGGGUGUCGAGCAGGGAGCGUAUUAUGAACCAAUUUGUGGUAUACGAAUCAAAUCUACAAAAGCAAGAAAGUAAUUUAAAGCCAAAAAAAACCAGGUCCGAGACGAAGGGAAAGGAAAAGGAAAGAAUAACUAAAGAACUCGGAUUCAUUAUUCCACAAAUUAUCCCUAUGGGUACAAUUACUCGUCGUGCAGUUGAGAAAACUUGGCUCACUGCUUCAAAUGCGAAAAAAACAAGACUCGGUUCAGAGCUCAAAUCUCUUGUACAAGCGCCUCCGGGAUAUUGCUUUGUGGGUGCCGAUGUUGACAGUGAAGAACUUUGGAUUGCGUCCUUGGUCGGUGAUUCUGUUUUCCGCUUACAUGGCGGUACGGCCUUGGGCUGGAUGACUCUUGAGGGAACCAAAAAUGCGGGUACUGAUCUACACUCGAAGACAGCAAAAAUUCUCGGCAUUUCACGUAAUGAAGCUAAGGUUUUCAAUUAUGGUAGGAUUUACGGUGCAGGUGUCAAAUUCGCAACGUCUUUGUUAAAAAAAUUCAAUCCUGCUAUUACAGAUGAAAAGGCCACAGAAGUUGCGAAAACUUUAUAUGCUGAAACUAAAGGUAAAACAGGCGUCGUCAAGUUUAAAGACGAUAACGAUGAAAGAUUGAAGAUGUGGUAUGGAGGCUCAGAAAGUGCAGUCUUUAACAGAUUAGAAAGCAUCGCCGAGCAGGACAACCCUAAGACCCCUGUUCUUGGAGCUGGUAUCACCGCCGCUUUGAAAAGAACUAACUUGAACUCUAACUCGUUUUUGCCAUCUCGUAUUAAUUGGGCAAUUCAAUCAUCCGGCGUUGACUAUUUGCACCUAUUGUUGAUAUCCAUGGAGCAUCUUUGCAAGCUUUACGGUGUUGAGGCUAGGCUGGCAAUUACCGUUCACGAUGAAGUGCGAUACAUGACAAAAGAGGAAGAUAAAUACAAGUGUGCGAUGUUGUUGCAAAUAGCCAAUCUAUGGACUAGAGCGAUGUUUUCCUUCCAGCUUGGAAUUGAAAAUAUUCCGCAAAGUUGUGCGUUCUUCUCAUGUGUUGACAUAGAUUUUGUGCUUCGGAAAGAGGUAGACUUCGACUGCAUUACGCCUUCAAACCCUCAUCCUAUCCCACAUGGUGAAAGUCUUGACAUUUAUGAACUACUCAAGAAAGAGGGUAUUCAGGAGAUGUUGGACAGUUUGGACGACAAAUUGCUGCUGAACAAGCAUUUUGAAGUUGGCUCCAAGGUUCAUAGACCCGUUGAAGAGCUAGACAAGCGUAUGGACAUGUCGACCAAGCUCCACUGGCUCCAGCUACAAAUCUGUAAGGACGAAGUUGAGUUCAAAAAGAAGAAGAAGAAGCUGUUUAACUCACUCGAUCACUUGCAGCUAGAAAAGUUCGGCAAGCGCCUGGCGAGCGAGGAUAAAAAGACCGAUGACGUUGCGUGUGAUGGCCUAUUCGACCCAACAAGUAGCUCGUCCGAGCUCCUCAACGCAGGCGUAGUACUCGAGGAGUUGUCCGAGAAGGAGAAAGAAAAGGAAAAAAACAAGAAACUCAAGAGAAAAGGCAGAAAGAAAAAGACCGCAGCUGCUGCUUCUGAAGUGGGAGUCAUGGCCCCUGAUACACAUGUGGCACAGUACCUCGACGUCCUGGGCGCAAACGUCGUUGAAUCCACGUCGAAAAAGGCCCAGCCACCCAAACGCCGCAAACCUCGGCUGGAAACAGGCGCUGUUCCGGCACCACCAGCCGAGGAGAGAGUACCCGAGCACAAGCUGAUAAUUAACAGCAUGAUGCACCAUUUCACCGAAAACGAACUUGUCGAGAUUCAGAACAGCUGAGCAUGUAUAUAGAACGCCCUCCCUGUAUAGUAUCAUAGUAUAAUAUAACCUAGUAC